AAGAAGCACUCACCUAAGACCUUAACAACAACAACAACAUCAAACCAUUCCCUCCUCUCUCUCUCUCUCUCUCUCUCUCUCUCUCUCUCUCUCUCGUAGGGUUUACUUUCUCUCCCUCUCAGCUUCGAUUCUCAGAAACAGAAAGAAGAAGAAGAAGAAGGACAGAUUUGAGGUGAGGUACUUUGGACCCCUUUUGUUCGGAUUUAUAUUACACAUGUAACUUAGCUGGACAGCCUUUGAUCUUGGAACUAGAAGAGGACUGGAUAAUCUCCACAAGACCGAUAAUGACUGUUAGUUUAUAGACAUACUCUUCAUGGCCUCUGGUACUUUUCAUGGGAGCAAGAUCCUGCCCAGCACAUCAAACUCGGAACUUGCUAACUUGGUUCCGAAUUGGGAAGAUGUGAUUUGCCCAAUAUGUUUGGAUUUCCCACACAAUGGAGUCCUCCUCCAAUGCACCUCUUUUGGGAAUGGAUGUCGACCAUUCAUGUGCGAUACUGGCCAUACUCAUUCAAACUGCCUCGAUCGCUUUAAAAGUGCAUUUGGUAUUCCAGUGGUGGAAGAAGAUCCACCAACAUCAGAUGCAACGUCAGUUGAAACAGCACAGCCAAUGGAAUCAAAAGAUAAAGAACGCCCCGCUUGCCCCCUGUGUAGAGGGGAAGUUACAGGAUGGGUAGUGCUUGAUGAAGUUCGUCUUCAUUUGAACAAAAAGAAAAGAUGUUGCGAUCAGGAUAACUGUACAUUUAUUGGCAACUACCCCGAGCUUCAGAAGCAUGCCAAGGUCGAACAUCCUCAUGCUAGUCCAUCCAAGAUAGACCCUGCUCGGCAACUUGAUUGGGAGAACUUUCAGCAGUCGUCUGAGAUUAUUGAUGUUCUGAGUACCAUCCAUUCAGAGGUACCACAUGGGGUAGUUCUUGGGGACUAUGUUAUCGAGUACGGUGAUGAUGAUAACCGAGAUGAGUAUGAGGACUUCCCUGGGGAUGAUGGGAACUGGUGGACCUCAUGUAUAUUAUAUCAGGUAUUUGAUAAUUUAAGGGCAUCAAGAAAUCGAAGAAGGGCAAGAGUCGGUGAAACGAGGAGAGGACGUCGACGUUCUAGCUAUGAAGCUUCGACUUCUGAUGAUGGAUCUGUGACAUCUGUUGAAAUUGGGGAGUAUAGAGCUGAUGAGACUGAUGACGAGUACAUGGGUAGAGUAACUGACACCAGUAGGGGCAAUGCUAGUCACCGCAGGUUUCAAAGGCGUCGUUCCCGCUUCUAUGAUAACUAGAAUGUGAUGAGGGACAAAUGACUGAGAUGGAGAGUCCGCAACAAGAAACAUGGCUUGUGUAAUCAGAAGUGGAGAUGCAGUUUUCUUGUUUAUAGGUCCUACUUGGAUGAAUGAAAAACAUAUUAGGAGUCCUGCUGUCAUGCACGUGUUCGCGUGACAGCAAAUAUGAGCCCGCGCUUCAGGGUCGUCGGAUCAGUUGAUUAGAGAUGUAGAUAUUUGGAUCUGAAAAUUACUAUUGCCUUUCAGUGCUCAAUGUUUCUCUUCAUCUCUAGCACCCAUAUAUUCUCUUCUAAUUCGUAUUCGGUCCUUAUCUUACCUUUAUGAUUUUUUCA